GGGAGCGCUACGAGGUGCUUGAAUCUGUCAUUCAUGUUUUUUUUCGUUGAUUUAUUCGAGAUGUUUAUAUGAGCGCAGUUUAGAAAUAAUAUUGUGAUACAUGACUCGAUGUGAUUAAUCAGCAUAUGAUUGAAAAGCCAGGGGAGAUACAUUGACUCAAAGCGGCAUCGAGAAACCUGUGUGACGGAAGCAUAGGUUAGGAGACAUCAAGAUCUCUAACGAGAUGGAUUUGGCCAAAAUAUCAAACGAAAAGAAGUUACACCUUUGUAAAUGGUAUUUUCGUGCUGGUUUUGCACUGCUGCCAUUUCUGUGGGCUGUGAAUGCGAUUUGGUUCUCAAAAGAGGCUUUUGUUGCACCACCUUACGAGGAACAGAAGCAAAUUAAGAAAUAUGUAAUUUUCUCCGCUAUAGGAGCGACUAUUUGGACAGCCGCUUUAGUAGCUUGGAUAAUUACAUUUCAAACUCAAAGAGCUGUGUGGGGUGACUUCGCCGAUGCUAUCAGCUACAUAAUUCCUACUGGAAUUCCUUGAUUUUAAUGCCAGUACUUUGUUGGUAUGCAAUAAUUUAUUACAAACAUGUAUAUUAAAUUAUCUUUGUAUAUUAGUUUUGCGCAAUAAUUAUAAUUGUAAAUUCACGCAACAUUUUAUAUUUUAUAUAUAGUAAAAAGAAAGCAUUUUUUAUAGCACAUAUAUGUGACUAUUAAAAAAUAUCGAUCUCAAAAAGAUCUCCAAUUUAACCUAGUAGCGCAAUUAUAUCUGUUUUUUUAAAAUGAUUCACAUUUACAUGUGUUGCAACAGCGCAGUUGCGACAAAAUACUAUAAAAAAAUAUAAUAUUAUUUUUUGUACAUUUCAAUCGUAAGUUUCAAUUUUGGAUUUGCUUGGGAAUGCUGUAUAACAUUUUUAUGCACUUUUAAGAGAAUACGAGCGAGAUUAUAAGUACGCAGAUCCAAAUACGUGAAAUCGCGUAUUUCCACAUUUACAUUACACCAAUUUGUUUUAACAAGUUUUGUUUCAGAGUCUAAAUUUGUAUGACUCUUCGUCUUUGUAUGUACAAUCUUACUUCUCGAUAAACUAAUCUGGACAAAAACUGAAACACGAUAAAAUACAAUAAGUAUGUUACUUAUGUAACAAAAAUCUUCGUUUUCAUAUAAGGGAAAAUAAACUCACCAAUAGGGCUAAUAAGUCCGCAGACAUAAGCA